AUGAAAACUAGGCUGUUUCCUUUUGAUUCAGGGGUGAGCUCGUGGGACCAGGAAGGAUCCUAUGAAGUCGCCAGUGCUUCUCUUCUGAAUGGAGACCUCUGGAUUCCAAUGAAGAGCAGUAACUUCAAGAAUCACCCAGAAGUGUUGAAUGUUCGAAUGCAACUGGAAAGCAAAGAACUGAUCAUCAAUCUGGAGAGAAAUGCAGGUCUCAUUGCCAGCAGUUUCACAGAAACCCACUACCUGCAAGAUGGUACAGAUGUCUCCCUCGCUCGAAAUUACACGGGUCACUGUUACUACCAUGGGCACGUGCAGGGAUAUUCUGAUUCCGUGGUCAGCCUCAGCACCUGCUCUGGUCUCAGGGGACUUAUCAUGUUUGAAAAUGAAACCUACAUCUUAGAACCAAUGAAAAAUACAACCCAGAGAUACAAACUCUUCCCAGCAAAACACCUGAAGAGCACCUGGGGACAGUGUGGGUUGCAUUGUAACGCAUCGGGCCUCUCUUCGGAUAAGAUGUUCUCGCUACCCUCCCACGUGUGGGCCAGAAGGCAUAAAAGAGAGACCCUCAAGAUGACCAAGUACGUAGAGCUGGUUAUUGUUGCGGACAACCGAGAGUUCCAGAGGCAAGGAAAAGAUCUGGAGAAAGUGAAGCAGCGAUUAAUAGAGAUUGCUAACCACGUCGACAAGUUUUACAGACCACUGAACAUCCGGGUCGUGCUGGUAGGCGUGGAAGUGUGGAACGACAUUGACAAGUGCUCCAUAAGUCAGGACCCGUUCACCAGCCUCCAUGAAUUUCUGGACUGGAGGAAGAUGAAGCUUCUACCUCGAAAAUCCCACGACAACGCACAGCUGAUCAGUGGGGUUUAUUUCCAAGGGACCACCAUCGGCAUGGCGCCCAUCAUGAGCAUGUGUACCGCGGAGCAGUCUGGGGGCGUCGUCAUGGACCAUUCAGACAGCCCCCUUGGUGCAGCCGUGACCCUGGCACAUGAGCUGGGCCACAAUUUCGGGAUGAAUCACGACACACUGGAGAGAGGCUGUAGCUGCCAGACGGCUGCCGAUAGAGGAGGCUGCAUCAUGAACCCUUCAACCGGGUACCCCUUCCCCAUGGUGUUCAGCAGCUGCAGCAGGAAGGACCUGGAGAGCAGCCUGGAGAAGGGGAUGGGGAUGUGCCUCUUCAACCUGCCGGAGCUCAAGCAGUCCUUCGGGGGCCAGAAGUGCGGCAAUGGAUACGUGGAGGAAGGAGAGGGGUGCGACUGUGGGGAGCCCGAGGAAUGCACGAAUCCCUGCUGCAACGCCACCACCUGUACCCUGAAGCCGGACGCCGUGUGCGCACAUGGGCUGUGCUGCGAAGACUGUCGGCUGAAGCCAGCAGGAACGGCGUGUAGGGCCUCCAGCAAUUCCUGUGACCUGCCGGAGUUCUGCACGGGGACCAGUCCUCACUGCCCAGCCAGCGUGUACCUGCAUGAUGGCCAUCCGUGUCAGGGAGUAGACGGCUACUGCUACAACGGCAUCUGCCAGACCCACGAGCAGCAGUGCGUCACGCUCUGGGGACCAGGUGCUAAACCUGCGCCUGGGAUCUGCUUCGAGAGAGUCAACUCUGCCGGUGACCCCUACGGAAACUGCGGCAAAGACUCCAAGAGCUCUUUCGCCAAGUGCGAGAUGAGAGACGCUAAAUGUGGGAAAAUCCAGUGUCAAGGAGGUGCCAGCCGGCCUGUCAUUGGUACCAAUGCCGUUUCCAUAGAAACAAACAUCCCACUGCAGGAAGGAGGCCGGAUUCUGUGCCGGGGAACCCACGUGUACUUGGGCGAUGACAUGCCGGACCCAGGGCUGGUCCUUGCGGGCACAAAGUGCGCAGAAGGAAAAAUCUGCCUCAAUCGCCGAUGUCAGAAUGUCAGCGUCUUUGGAGUUCACGAAUGUGUGGUGCAGUGCCACGGCAGAGGGGUGUGCAACAACAGGAAGAAUUGUCACUGUGAGGCCCACUGGGCACCUCCCUUCUGUGACAAGUUUGGCUUUGGAGGAAGCACAGACAGCGGCCCCAUCCGGCGAGCAGAUAACCAAGGUUUAACCGUAGGAAUUCUCGUGACCAUCCUGUGUCUUCUUGCGGCUGGGUCUGUGGUUUAUCUCAAAAGGAAGACCUUGUUGCGACUGCUGUUUACAAAUAAAAAAACAACCAUUGAAAAGCUAAGGUGUGUGCACCCUUCACGGCCGGCCGGUGGCUCCUGUCCUGGACACGCUCACCUCACCCACCUUGGGAAAAGCCUGGUGAAGAAGCCAGCAGAUUCCAACCCACCUAAGAACAAUCCCAGGAGAAUGCCUCAGUGUCCGAAUGUUGACAUCAGCAGACCCCUCAAAGCCCUGGACAUCCCUCCGCCCAAGUCACCUCAGCGAGUCCUCCCUCCCCUGCACCAGGCUCUGCGUGCACCGAGCAUCCCUGCCAGACCCCUGCCGGCCCACCCUGCAUUUAGGCAGCCCCAGGGAACUCAUAAGCCAAACCCUCCUCAGAAGCCUCUGCCCGCAGGCCCUGUUGGCAGGACGACUCGGUUCGGCAGCACUCCGGGGAGGACCCUGAGGCAGCAGGAGCCUGGGCUCUGCCUGGCACCCCUCAGCUGA